UACAGCAAUCGUGCUACAGUUGAUUCAGCUGAUUUCAGCUCACUUUAUGCAAGAAUGAAACUUAUGAUAAAUAUUUCAUGCUUAUACCGCCGUUGUCGUUCAGAAAGUCUAAUCUGUAGGUAAAUCUGCCCACAAAGGAAGAGAAUAACUUGGAGUCAAGGUAGUGUGUCACCAUUCUAUUGAGCAGUCCAUCAGCCCUCUUUCUCUCAGCGUAGUCCGUCGACAUUCCCGCAAAAGGCUUACCUUAUACCUCUAAAUCGAAGAAUUUCAUUAAAGCAUGAACUCGACUCUCCCUGAAGCAGAUCUGGGUUUCGUCAUUUCUUUCUCUGUUGUGGUUGUAAUAAAUCUCCUUGGAAACGGACUGGUCUGCCUUGUUGUCUUCCGAUUCCAUGGUAUGCGAGCACCGGUGAAUUACCUUCUCGUCAACUUAUCUGUUUCAGAUAUGAUGGUAGCGCUAUUUAUCAUUCCAGACUACAUUGUUAACUGUGCUUUUCGACACCCUGAGGGUGACAUAGGCGACUAUUUCUGCAUAUGGCUUACUGGUGGCAACCUCAUUUGGGUUGGAAUGGCAGCAUCCACUUCUUCAUUAGUCGUAAUGUCCUUUGAGCGUUAUUUUGCAGUUAUUUACCCCCUCGACAAACGCUGGCGCCUCACUAAUCGACGAUUGGCUAUUUCUACCAUCACUGGCUGGCUUUAUGCAAUUAUUUUCAACUUGCCAUUGUUUUUCGUUGUUAGGCAUCAGGAUGGAAAGGUACACUGUACAGAAGUUUGGUCAAAUCACGAGACAUUACGUGAAAUGUACGCACUCGGGUGUCUUUUUGGCUUUGGUUUGAUUCCAAUGGCAAUUAUUGUAUAUGUUUAUUUUAGGAUUCUACUUAAGCUAUGGAAGGGAAGAGGUGUUCGAGCUACUUUAAUCUCGGACCAAAAGCGAAUCCGAGCUAUUCGUAAAGUGACCAAAAUGGCUGUAGUCGUAACGAUUGUGUACGGGGUCUGUCGGUUGCCAAAUUUGGUGCUAUACGCGUUGCAACCGUUUGAGUCGACUUACGACUAUGACUCGCCGUCUUACAUUAGCACAGUACUGCUUGUGGGCCUCAACUCUGCCAUGAAUCCUUUUAUUUACGCACUUCAUAGUGCUAACUUCCGCCAUCACAUCAAGUUGGCUCUUCGCUGCAGUCAAUUCCGGCCAGCGGAUUAUGUCCCAGUCCCACCGUAGGACUGUAAGGAAAACUUCCAAGGUCUUAAUUCUUCAGUCCAGUUGGUUAGUGGUGUAUCAAGAGCCAUGGCUCUUGGGUGUAUCGAUUUAUUCUUUUUUCGCUUGUAAUUUGUUUGCCUACAUUACCAUUUGCGUCUGUUAAACUACAACUCAGUGACUGACUGUCAAUAUUGGAGAAAUAGCGAGUGGCGAAUGAACUGCGUAAGUACGGAAGCAUUUUCGAGCAACCAUGAAUCGAGGAUGACUUAUCAGUUCUUUACUACACGACUCGGGCAGUCAGAGGGCCAAUAAUUAAAAUCAACCGGUCAAAAUGCCCUAUUGCCGGU